ACCAUAUCUACCCCUGCGUAUCACCGCGACACUAAUAAAACAAGCUCCCAACUACCCCAACUUCAAGACGUCACUUCACUUACACUUACACUAACACUCACUCAAUUCAACCCAGCUCACACAAUACAUCACAAACAUACUCAGUCAUCAAAAUGUCCCUCACACUAGAACAAGAAAUGGUCCAUCUCGCACCAGAGCAACACGUCCGCGCAAUCCUCCUCGCCCUUCUCGACGACCGCAUCGUCAAAGCCCGCGCCCUAAACCACUACCGCGCCCUCAAAGCCGCUGACAAUCCAGUAACCGGCCUCAAGCGCAAAGCCAUGAAUGAUUUGUUUGUCUGUGUUCAGUGUGACCAGGCGUUUACACAUGAGGAUAACACUGAGACGUCGUGCCGUUACCAUCCAGGGGAACUUGAAGUUGAUGACGAAGAGGACUUCUGGGCGGAUCAUGAUGAGAAUUGUCAUGGGGAGAUUGAUACGCCUGAGAUGAGAGAGGAGAUGCCCGAUGGGUUUCGCUGGACGUGCUGUGAUAAAUUAGGUGGACGAAAGGGCUGUACCAAGGGAAAACAUCAAGCUGAUCUGGCAAAGUCACAGAGAGGUGGGAAUGUCCCAUCUGGCGGUGACUUGAGGAAGAACAAUGGUUCGCAUUUCCCAGUUUCAAAUGAAGGCAGUGAAGAGGAGGAAGAAGAUGAUGAGGGGGAGUGA